AUGAUUAUGAAUUCUAAUGAUAAUAAAAGAAAAAAGGAUUUAGAUAAUAAAAAUAAUGAUGAUAAAAAGAAUUGUUAUGAAAAACAACAAAAUAAAAAAAAUAGUGUGGAAGAACAGAGUGAUACUAAAAAAUUUAUUUCAAUGAAAAAUGAAAAUAAAAAAAAUUACAUAAAUAUUAUGAACAAAAAUAGUAUUAACGAAAAAAAGACAUUAAAAAUGAUAGAUAAAAAGAAAGAUAAAAUAAAAAAAAUGGAUGAAAAAAAAUAUAAAUCAAUAUAUCAGGUAAGAAAUAAUUCGAUCAUAAAUUUUUUUAACAGUGAAUCUGUACCUUGGAUAUCUUCCUUUUUUAAUUUAAAAGAAGAAGAUUUGUUGAUUUUUGGUAGAGAAUUAAAAAAAAAAAAUAUUUUUAAAAGAUGUUUUCAAAAAAUACAUAAAAAUAGAAGAAGGAGAUGUAUGUCGUUUAAUCCAUAUAGGGUUCCCUUAGCUUGUAAAAAAGUAACACUAGAAGAAAUGUUAAUAUCGGAACCAAAAAUAAAAAAAAAAAAAAAAAAAAAAAAAAAAAAGAAAAAAAAAAAAUGUUCCCUUUGGAUAUUUUUAAAAUUUAUUAUGAGAAGUAAAAAAAAGAAUUGGUUAGAAACUCAUUUAUAUCAUUCGAAGAGAUUUCAUAUGAUGAGUAUAUAUGGAUAUAAAUUAGCUAUAAAAAAUUGUAGUAAAAUAAGUAGAAGAAUUUUCAGAUAUAGCAAACGAAAAUCAUUAAUACAUGAUAUGUCUUAUAUUGAAGUAAUUCAAUUAAGUGGGGAUGAAAAUACUAUAAUAAAUGCAUUGAAAAAAUGCACAAAUGUUGAACAGGCCAAUAUGCUUAGGAAAAAAUAUUUAUUAGGAAUAUUAUUAGGAAAAAUUUUUAUUUACAACUAUAAGAAUGAUGAUAUCAUAGAAGAAGAAGAAGAAGAAAAAAAAAAAGAAGAAAAAGAAGAAGAAGAAAUAGAAAAAGAAAAAAAAAAAAAAAAUAAUUUAAACAAUAACUCUAAUUCAAAUGAAAAUCACAGUGAUAAUUUUUUUAACUCAAAGAAUCCUCUAAUAUGCCCUGCAUAUUUUUUAUGGAGGUCUAAAUUAAAGUCAAAUAUUCAUUUAAAAAAAGAAAAAAGAAAAAAUAACAAUAUUAAUAGUGAUAUAAAUAAAGACAAUAAAGUUAAAAUUAUUAAUAACAAUGAUAGUUUUUCUGAAAAAAAAGAAGAAGAAUUAGAAGAUAAACUAAGAGAUAUAUGGUUAUUUGUUCAUCCAUUGUGUUUAAAAGAAGUUAUGAAAAUUUUUCUGAAAUUAAAUUUAAUGAUCACUGUAAAACAUAUAAAAAAUAUUUGCAUGUAUGAAUUGAUUGGACCUAGAAGUUUUGAGUUAUUAACAAAUAUUUUAAAAGUAAAAAAUAAAUACCCAAAACAAAUAAAACAUGAUAUAUAUCAUUAUAACUAUGAAAAUGUUACUUUACCAUAUGAUUUCGUUAUUCCUUUAUAUGCUAUUUUACCUAAAUCUAUUGGACCGUUUAUGCUAAAUUAUAAGAUUAAUGAAAAUGAAAUACAGAAAGUUGAUAGAAAAGAUUCACAUAUUUUUAAUUUAUUGAAUAAAGAAAACAAAUUUAUUAACACUAUAAAAAAUGAUAAAAGAAAUGUAGAUAAUAUAAUAGAAAAUGCAUUUGAUUAUUUAAAAGAAAAAAAUGGGAUGAGAGUUUUAAAAGAAAAGGAAUUCAGCCCAUAUGAUAAUAACAUCCUUAUGAAUGAAAAAGUGAAACAAAAAGUAAUUAAAAAUGUUAAAGUUAGCAAAUAUGAACAUUUAAGAAGUAAUAAAAAAAAGAAAGUAAAAACAGUUAUUCUGAAAAUGUUAAAAAAUAAUAAAAAUAUUGAGAGUUAUGAUAUACUUAAGGAAAAAAGAAAAUCCAUAUGUGAAUUGUUAGGAAAUAAUCAUAAUUUUAGUUCCUUUCAUUUUACUAAUAUUCUAAAUAAUGACAAUAAUAAUUACAAUAUUACAUCAAUUUCUAGGAGUGAUAUGAACGAUAAUAAUAACUUAUUAAAUAUUAGUACAAAUAAUAAAAAAGCAAUUGUAUUUGAUGAUAUAAGUAAUAAAAGUAAAGAAAAAAAAAAUAUAACUGAAAUUUCCGAUAAUUUAAAAUUUUCUUUCAAAGAUAAAAAAGAAUCAAGUAUUACAUAUAAAAAUAAUGAAUGUGAUAAAUAUAUGAAAAAAAAAAUAGACAAAAAACUAAAUGUAACAUAUGGGAAAGAUUCAAUACAAAAGUAUAUAAAUGAAUGUUUAAAUAAAAAUGAUACAAAAGAUGAAAAAGGUGUAAUAAUAAAAAAAAAAGAAACAAGUGAUAUUUCCAUAGAAUUAAAUAAAAUCAAGGAAAAUAUUAAGCAAAAUUCAAAAAAAUAUAUUAAAAUACCUAUAUUAAUAGUAAAUCAAACUAAUAACAAUAAUCAUAGGUAUUUUAUUAUAUGCCCUUCAAAAAAAAAAAGUUCUAUUUUAUUUCACUUGUUAAUACGAAAUGGUUCUAUAGCAAUAGGUUUGAAAGAAAGAGACAAAAUUUUGAAAUGUUAUGACUUUAUUUGUUAUCCUCAAGACUUUCCGGAUUCAUAUGGUGGAAUUCAAUAUAGUAAAUUAAGAGAAGAGUUAUCAAAAAAAAAGUAUUUUAAAAAACCGUUAAGUAAAAGAAUAAAUUAUUAUUGUUUAGGAAUAAACAAUCCUUUUAACUAUUCAUGGUUUUGCAUUCACCCGUAUAAAAAUAAUAUAAAAAUUAUAAGAGUUACUGAUUCUUAUAAUCAAUUUUUAAUUCAAACAUUUAUACAACGUUUUUUAUCUAUAUCUUUAAAAAAAAUUUAUCACAUUAACACUCUUGAGGAAUUUGAAAAAUUUGUAGAACAUUUUAAGUCAAAAUUUAAUGUUUUCUCAAGUUAUUUUAUUACUGUUUAUGUAUGUUCAUACAAAAGAAGUAUCCCAAAGAGAUUAUCUCAUGUGUGCACAUUAACACUUAAGCAAUUAAUCAAAUUUUUUAUAAAGCAUAUGGACACAAAAAAAAUGUUGGAAUGGAUAAAACAUAAGAGAAUUAUUAGCAAAAACAAUAAUAAUGAUAAACAAAAUAUUGAAAAAUUAAAAGAAUCUAUAAUUCACAAGUACAAAAAUAAGAUUAUAAAAAAAAAUAAAUAUGAAAACAAAGAAAAAUUAUUAACAGGAAGUUCAAUAAAUACUCAAGAAAUUUCAAAAGAUAAACAAAAUGUGGAUGAAAUUAUUUUGCCAUCAAAAAAAAUAAUAGGAUAUGUUUCAAGUGGAGGUCAUGUAUUAUCAAAAGGAUAUGGAUAUGGGAUAGCACAUAUAUCUUUUUAUUUUUUUUUGCAAAAUUUAUUAAAUCAUAUGUUUAUUUUGAAAUUAUUAAUGUCAGGUGAAAUAAAAAUAAAUGAAAAAGGAAGAGAAUUUCCUUUUAUAGGUUUGAUCAGAAAUGUAAAUUCUGCUUAUUAUCAUUAUGUUUGGCUUAGUUUAGUAGCAGAAGAUAAAUAUUUACCAUUUUAA